AUGUCGUCCACUGCCAUCCCCAAGCGCGUUGCGCUGCACCGCAACCCGGCCACGGACUCCUCCGUCCCCAGCUCCAUUGCCCCCUCGCCUCUGGACAGCCCGCGCCAGUCGCCCUCUUCCACUUCGCUGUCUUCGCUGGCAUCGGAAGCCGAGGCCAAUGGCAAGAUGCUGGACACCUAUGGCAACGAGUUCAAGAUCCCCGAUUACACCAUCAAGCAGAUCCGUGACGCCAUCCCCGCUCACUGUUACGAGCGCAAGGCCCUCACCAGCUUGUACUAUGUGUUCCGGGACCUGUUCUGUCUCGCCACCAUCUUCUUCGUCUUUCACAACUAUGUGACCCCCGAGACCGUCCCCUUCAAGCCCGCCAGAGUCGUGCUGUGGGGUCUGUACACCGUCCUGCAGGGUCUGUUCGGUACCGGUGUCUGGGUCUUGGCCCACGAGUGCGGUCACCAGGCUUUCUCCCCGUCCAAGGUGCUGAACGACACCGUCGGCUGGAUCUGUCACUCCGCUCUGCUGGUGCCCUACUUCUCCUGGAAGAUCUCCCACGGAAAGCAUCACAAGGCCACCGGGAACCUGGCUCGUGACAUGGUGUUCGUGCCCAAGACCCGGGACGAGUACGCCACCCGCGUGGGCAAGGCCAUCCACGAGCUGAACGAGCUGAUCGAGGAGACUCCCAUUGCGACUGCCUCCAACCUGAUCCUCCAGCAGCUGUUUGGAUGGCCCAUGUACCUCAUCACCAACGUUACUGGCCACAACAACCACGAGCGUCAGCCCGAGGGUCGUGGCAAGGGCAAGAAGAACGGCUACUUCGGUGGUGUCAACCACUUCAACCCCGCAAGCCCUCUGUACGAGGCCAAGGACGCUAAGCUCAUCGCUCUGAGUGACUUGGGUCUCGCCAUCACCGGAAGCGUUCUGUACCUGGUCGGUUCGAAGUACGGCUGGAUGAACCUCCUGGUCUGGUACGGUAUCCCCUACCUCUGGGUUAACCACUGGCUUGUCGCUAUCACCUACCUCCAGCACACGGACCCCACUCUCCCUCACUACAAGCCCGACGUGUGGAACUUCGCUCGUGGUGCUGCCGCCACCAUCGACCGUGACUUCGGCUUUGUUGGCCGCAACAUCCUCCACGGCAUCAUCGAGACCCACGUCCUCCACCACUAUGUCAGCACCAUCCCCUUCUACCACGCGGACGAGGCGAGCGAGGCCAUCCAGAAGGUCAUGGGACCGCACUACCGCACCCAGGCCCACACCGGAUGGACUGGAUUCUUCAAGGCGCUCUGGACCAGUGCCCGGGUCUGCCAGUGGGUUGAGCCCACCGAGGGUUCCCGGGGCGAGAGCGCCGGCGUGCUCUUCUACCGUAACACGAACGGCGUCGGUGUUCCUCCUGCCAAGCUUGCGAAAUAG